CAUGGCCGAGGCUUACUGGAGUAAAUCGGCAGUGCCAGCCAGACCGUCUCCGCCUAUCGAUUUUCCAUGAUCAACCACCAGCAGCUAGGCUGAAUGGGAAAUAUCGGGCUGAGGCAGCGAGAACAUGGAGUUCGCAAGGUCGGCACAGCACUUGCGGCGCUUUUUCCAUGGGCCUCUGCAUGUUUCACUGAGCCCUUUCAGCCGCUGAGUGGCCGCGCCACUCAGGGCGAUACGGCGCAGGGCCCGAAGGCGCUAAAACGGCGACGGUCGACAGGUUUCGACCAGCGGGCACGGCCAUCUUUUAGCCGCCGUUGGCUCCCGGGAGGGGGAACGGCGCCGGUGAUGGGACCGACGCGCGAUGGUUCCUGGCCUGAACCUGGGUUUUGGCCUGUUCCUGUAGGGGGCUUGGUUUUCUAGUCGCUGUGGUUGAUUCUUGCGCGCAGCUCAUGUCAGCCACGUGAUCCCGGGCUGGUUUGAGCCGCUUGGCUUGCUUGGCUUCAUACUUCUUUGGAUUUUGUUUCUCC